UUAUCAUCCUGUCAUUUCUGUCAUGUUUCAGGUUGUUGUCAUCUUUUGAGGUAUAUUUUCUUUGUAAGUGGCAAAUUUUGCUUUUCCGAUGAAAAUCAAGGGGAUUUAGAAAAGAUUGCGAUGAGCAUUAAACAUCUGGCGGUGGGUGCAAUACAGAUUAUGGAAAUGGCAAUUGUUAUAACUGUGCUUCUGCUAUUUCUAGGUGUUGGAAUGCUGGUGAUAAUGCAUGUAUGUAUAGUAGGAAGAGCCUUCAGGAGAGGAUUCGGGAACCCAGGAAACUUUGACAGGAGCAGCAGCAGGAACAGAAGCAUGUCCCUGGAUGAUUUACACAGGCUUCCCUCUUAUGAUUACAUAGCAAAAGACAAAGGAAGUAGUCCAGUGGAUUGUGCUGUCUGCCUGGAAAACUUCAAGAUGGGUGAAAAGUGCAAGCUACUGCCUCAGUGCAGGCAUAGUUUCCAUGCAGAAUGUGUGGAUUCAUGGCUUCUGAGAAACCCCAUUUGCCCAAUUUGUCGAACCAGUGCUGAUUCAAGCAAGGAUGGGUUGGUUUUAGGCGAGGAAAGUAGUCGUUCCUGUGAAAAUGUUGUUCAGUUGAGAGGGAGUCCAAGUAGGGAAGGUAGUAGACAUUUGGAUGAUGUUAGAAUUGAAAUUGCAGAGAACCAAACAAGAGAAGCUCGUAUUAUUACUUGCAACGGGCAUGAAUCAAGAGAAAACCAAACAAAUUUAGUUGCCAUUCAUUCGAGUUUUGCAAUUGAAACUACUACAACUACAUAG